AUGCACCAAUUUAUCAGCUCCCCGCCUCCAAUGAGCAGCUACCUACCCCCCCCCCAAAUCAUCGGUGAACGAAUCUGCGGCAGCUACAACCACUGUAUGACUAUUACGCGAGCAUAUCUUGUUCCCUGUGUGUCCUUCGGUGAGGCGGGCAUGUACAAGCAGGUACAAAAUGAACCUGGAACGAGGCUGCGUCGUCUGCAAGACUGGAUAACGCAGUUGAGCACAUUUGCUCCACCCAUCUUCUAUGCCCGAGGACCAUUUCCCUACCGUACCCCAGUGAAUACCGUAGCUUGCUUUCAUUAUACCUUGCUCAAUGUGGAUUGUCUACACGGGGGAGGCAGCAAGCUGGAAUCAUCCUUAAUUUGUGCUUUCGAAGGAAUUCAAUGGAAAAGACAGAUUAACAAAACUCGAACGGACUAUGCCUUCACGUACAUUUUUGGCGCACCUAUUCCUUGUGAGCGCAUCGCCGAACCAAGCCGGGAGGAGGUACAACGCAUCAAGCAGGUCUAUUUGGAUAGAUUGCAAAACUUAUUCGCACGAUACAAGCCAAUUUUCGAUCCGGAUGCACACGAUAUUGAAUUUGUUUGA